AUGCCGCUCAGGAACUGUACCAACCUAGCCUGUUUUUUUUGGCGCUGUGCACGCCCACCAAUCCGGAGCCGCGGUCUGCCAGGCCGCAGGACCCUGUUGCGGUCCGUAGCGCAAGGCGCUGGUCUGGUCUGCGCAUGCGCGCGAGUGUGCGCGACCACCGUUCGUCUUGGCGAGGACCAGGGGAUUGGCGGGGCUUGGUCGUGGCCGGUUUCUGUGGCGCUAAGAGGUCUGACUCGGUUCUCUCGCCUUGUCGGCUCGGGAGUGGUUGAGUCUGAGGGCCGAGGCAUUGGGAAGCUGCUUGGACCCCCAGCUAUUGUUUCGCUCCGGGGCCCGCCGCCACCGCCGCCGCCUGAACGCUUUGUCACAGUGACACACCAGGCCCCAUCCACACUCCUGGAGCUGGCAAAACAGAGUCUGUUGAGGGAGGAGGCCUUGGCCAUUCCUGCUCUGGAGGACCUGUCCACGGAGCCCCUCCAAGCAGUGUUGGAGGAGGCCUUCACCAACAGAUACACAGAGAUCCUGAGGGCCAUUGUGUCUUCCUGGCCCUCCCCAUGCCUCUCUGUAGGAGCCCUGAUAGUGGCCAAGGAACUGGAUGUAUUGAAGGCUGUGCUUGAGGGAGUGCAUGUCCUGACUGCACAGGGUCCCUCCAGGCGCCAACUCAGAGUGCUCGAUUUGCGGAAUGCGCCCCAUGACGCUUGGAGUCGAAUUGCUGGAUCCUAUGAAGAUGAGUGUUUACCAAAGCUCAUGACACAGAAGCCGCCAGUGGAGAGCUGUCCUGACUCUGGGCUGAAGAGUUCUUUGAAGGUGAUAGCUGAUCUCAAGCUCCAGGACAGGAAGCUGGAUGAAUGGGACGCAUGCUUGCUGCAGUGGGCCCGUCAGCACCAAGGUUCCACUCAUCUCUGCUGCAGAAAGCUGCUGAUUUGUGACCAGCCCAGCCCCACUCUCACAGACAUAUUCAAGUCUGUAGAUCCAGCCUGUAUCCAGGAGCUUCAUCUGACUUGUCUGUGUAUGGAAGAGUUGGCUUUUCUUGAACCUUACCUGGAGCAGAUGAAAAAUCUUUCCACGCUCACACUAGGACUCUUUGUCUACCCGUUCCCUACGGACUAUCCUCAAGAGCUCAUAGGGAGAAUAUAUGUGUUGAGCUUUCAGUUGUCCCAACUCCACUGCCUGCGGAAUCUCUGUUUAAAUAACUUAAAAGCUGUUUAUGUCCCCGCAGUACACUUUAUCAGGCAAGGAAUGGUAGACAGUGUCCACAAGGAGAUGGGAGACACAUCUCUUUUCUUGCAGCAACCAAUCACUUGUUUUCUCCCCAGGUGCCUGGAGAAGCCCUUGGAGACCCUGUCAAUCAUUUGCUGCCACCUCUCACAGGCAGACUUGGACUACCUGCCCCACUGCCUGACCGUUGGUGAGCUCAAACAUCUGGACCUGAGUGCCACACGUUUGGGUGGUUUCUUUGUUAAGCCUCUUGGGCUUCUCCUUGAGCGAGUUAGAGGCACCCUGCAAACCUUGAAUAUGGGCUGGUGUUCUAUGCGGGACUCUCAGGUCUGUGACCUCCUGUCUGGCCUGAGCCAAUGCUCCCAGCUCACCAAGGUCAGUUUCGCUGGUAAUAAACUCUCUCUGCCUGCCCUGAAGCAACUCCUGCACCACACAGCCAGGCUGAGCCAGCUGAGCCAGGAGCUGUAUCCCGCCCCUCUGGAUUGCUAUGAUGACAUGGGUGAUAUUCGCAGAGACAAAUUUGUCCUAGUUUGUCCUGAUCUCCUGGAUAUACUCAGGGCUAAAAGGCAACCUAAGAGAGUCUGUUUUAAUAGAAGCCAAUUCAUAAACUCUCAUGAGUGUUUAGUCUAUAACCUGGAGACUUAA